AUGAAACACAAGGUAUAUGGGUUCAGGAAGAGCCACGUGUACAGGAGCCAGGUGUCGCGGGGCCGUCACACAGCGCCGGAGGAGUCGCCGUUGGAGUGCCCGCAGUGCGGCCGGACGUACAAGAUGAAGCGGAACCUGAAGACCCACAUGAGAUUCGAGUGCGGCGGCCAACGGAACUUCACGUGCCACAUUUGCCCGGCCAGAUACACUCAGAAUAUCGGACUGCGACGGCAUCUGCUGCAAAAGCACAACACCUAUCUGCCNGAGCGACUAGCCGGAAGCGUUUAUGGUUGCUCGAGCGAACGAUCCGUCGGCGAAUCCGUCGUCCCCGGAAGCUUCCGGCUCGAGAAAAAAAAGGUUUCUCGAUCGACGUUACCCGCGCUGGUCGGCUCGCCGAAGCCGCGCUCCAGGAGAGCGUUUCGUCCGGACGGCGUUUCGCCCGUUCGUCGUCCACGGAGUCGCGAUCUCGCCGCUUUCUCUGAUCUCUCUAACGCAUUAUCCCGUUUGUAUUUUUCAGGGUUCAGGAAGAGCCACGUGUACAGGAGCCAGGUGUCGCGGGGCCGUCACACAGCGCCGGAGGAGUCGCCGUUGGAGUGCCCGCAGUGCGGCCGGACGUACAAGAUGAAGCGGAACCUGAAGACCCACAUGAGAUUCGAGUGCGGCGGCCAACGGAACUUCACGUGCCACAUUUGCCCGGCCAGAUACACUCAGAAUAUCGGACUGCGACGGCAUCUGCUGCAAAAGCACAACACCUAUCUGCCGCCGAAAUUCUCCAUUCCGAAGCGCAUCUUCGCCGGCGCCCACGAACAGAAGCCGUUCACUUGAACGCGUCCGCGCGAUCUCUAGUUCCUAAACGACCUUGCACGGUACCAUAAUCGCUCCGACACGCAAGCCCGUCGUCGCUGUUGCGCGUCGGACCGCUCUGUUUCGUUCCGAGGCGAACGCUGUUUGCGAACGGAAAUUAGGAGACGCGAUCGCGUGUUCGAGACCGCGCGUUCCUCGGCGGAUCCGAACGACCUGUGUACACUUCCAGCGAAAAUUGUAGAUUUGACAGUACUUUCGAGUUCUCUGACGCAUGGUUUACCAGGCGAUGGACGAGUUCUCUGGACGAUUAUCGCGGCAACAAGCCGCGCGACCGGCGCGUCGAGAACGGCGCGCGGACGACGACGCGUUUCACGCGGAUAGCAUCGUCGCUGGUACCGCGACACCAAUUUCUCUCCUUCUAGUAACAAUCCUCAUGAUAUUCGCUGUGUUAAAACGUAGAGUAACGGCGCUGAUCGAGUAACCAUUAGCGCGUGCAAAGAAAAAGAGAGCGAGAGAGCGAGAAUGA